CCAAAUACUCUCAUAUAAACUCAUGACAGAAGAAGAAGAGCUGAGGGCUUCUCUCAGUGACCAAAUCACCUUUUCUAAAUAUGUGGAUGUAUUUGUUUUAUAGCAAAUAUGUUUUAUCUGCUCGAGUGUAGAAUAAAAGCUAAUUAGUGUGUGUGUGUGUGUGUGUGUGUGUGUAGGUUCACUUCGUUCUGCUUUAAAGCCUGAGAAUCGCAACUUGUACACCUCAUGAUGGAGUCGGGAAGGGCCAGGCAGCACUCUUUCACAAAACCUCCUCACACUCCUGCUCCUGCUCCUCCUCACACUCCUCCUCACACUCCUGCUCCUGCUCCUGCUCCUGCGCGUUCACAGGUAAAGGUUAGCCAGAUUUGUAAAAAUGUGAAGACAGAAUCUUGUACAGCUUUGGAGAGCUUUGGAGAGACAUCAGACAUCAAAAUAUUACAGAAGACGGUUCUGGAAGCGCAAGAACUUAACUAUGAAGACUAUCUCUACUGUGAGGAAUGCAGAUCUUUCUUCUUCAACAAAUGUGAGGUUCAUGGUCCGGCUCUUUUCGUCCCUGAUACCGUCGUUCCCAUGGGGGUAGCUGACCGAGCCAGACAAACCCUUCCGCCUGGUUUAGAGAUUCGGAAGUCUGGGAUUCCUGACGCAGGCCUGGGUGUGUUUAAUCAGGGAGAGCCUGUUGCUGUUGGUGCGCACUUCGGGCCGUAUCAGGGAGACGUUGUGAACAAAGAGGAAGCUAUGAACAGUGGCUACUCUUGGGUGAUAUACAAGGGCAGGAAGUGUGAGGAGUACGUUGACGCCAAGAGACAAAUGAACGCUAACUGGAUGCGUUAUGUAAAUUGCGCUCGCAAUGACGAAGAGAAGAAUCUUGUUGCGUUCCAGUACCAAGGAGGGAUUUUCUACCGGUGCUGCCGAUCCAUCAAACCCGGAACGGAGCUCUUGGUGUGGUACGAAGAGGAUUACGCCAAAGAUCUCGGCCUUACGUUCGACUACCUUUGGAACAUAAAGUGUUCCCCAAAUGGAAUGAACAAGGCCCUGUUGCAAGUCUUCUCCUGCUCCUUGUGUCCACUAUCCUAUAAAUCUCUAAUUUACCUCCACAAACACACCAGGAGAUGCCACUAUGAGGAAUAUGUAACAUUAACAGAAAAAGGAGAAAAUAAAUAUGAGAAUCUGAUUUCCACACAAAUCUCAAGUAGUCAGCAAACAUCCUGUGGUUCUGUCGCUACAAAGACCUCUAGACAAAAGCAGAAAAGAAAUCACGCCUGUAAAGAUUGUGGGAUGAGUUUUAAUGACGGAAGUAAUCUCAGAAAGCACCAGCGCAUUCACACAGGAGAGAAACCUUAUCACUGUUCACAGUGUGGAAAGAGUUUCCGUCAUCACAGCACUCUUCAACGACAUCAACGCAUCCACACGGGAGAGAAGCCGCAUCACUGCUCACAGUGCGGGAAGAGCUUUGCGCAAAUGGGUCAUCUCCAACGACACCAGCGCAUCCACACAGGAGAGAAACCUUACUCCUGUCCACAAUGUGGGAAGAGUUUUACCUACAGAGAUAAUCUAAAAAUGCACCAACGCAUUCACACAAGAGAGAAUGUAUAUCACUGCUCACAGUGUGGGAAGAUUUUCAAUCACCAGAGUAAUCUCCAGCAGCACCAGCGCGUUCACACAGGAGACAAACCUUUUCACUGCUCAGAGUGCGGGAAGAGCUUUCGGCACCAGAGUCAUUUCCAGACGCACCAGCGCACUCACCGAGGAGAGAGGCCUUAUAAGUGUGCGCAGUGUGGGAAGAGUUUUGCUCAGCACAGUUAUCUCCGACAACACCAUCGUAUUCACACGAGGGAAAAGCCCUAUUCCUGCUCUUUGUGCGGGGUGAGUUUUACGCAACAGGGUCACCUCCGAACGCACCAGCGCAUUCACACAGGUGACAAACCGUAUCACUGUUCACUGUGUGGGAAGAGUUUUACUCGCCAGAGUUCUCUCCAGCAGCACCAACAUAUUCACACAGGAGAGAAGCCUUACCACUGCUCACAGUGCGGGAAGAGUUUUACUCGGCAUAGCACUCUACAGUACCACCGCCGCGUUCAUACAGGAGAGAAGCCGUAUCACCAUACUUAAGAAAACAAUACUGAAGCCAAAGUGCCAGAGUUAUCAAUGAAGAACAAGGAAGCACUUCUCCAGCAUUGAGCACUGAACCUAAACCAUUAAGCAGUUGGAAAAAUGUUACCUGGUGGGUCAAAUCCAGAUUACUUUUUGAAUAGUACUUAUGGAGGGAUCAGGUUUUGGUGCAAGGAACAUCAUUCCAUGGAGCUAUCUUGUUUAGCAUCAGUAGUCCAAGUGUGGUAGCAGGGUGAUGGUGUGGGGAGUGUUCUCCUGGCACACAUUGCACAUCCUGACCAGAAAUGACUAUAAGAACAUGGUUGCUGACCAAGUUCUUUCUUUCAUGGCUAUGGUUUAUCCACACGCAGAUGCUGCCAGCAUGGGUCCAGGAAGAUGACAGCAAGUUUUUUUUAUUACUUUAGUGGCCAGCACAGACUCAACUCUUCUUUAAGAUGAGGUGAAAUUCCAAUUUUCAGAAACUGUGCAAUCGUGUGCCACAUGGUACAACAUAUCCAGACAUAUCUCUAAACAGCAUGUGUAAAACGCAUGUGCAGGAGAAUCAAUGCUCUUCUGAAAGCCAAAGGAGGUACAGCAUGCUACAGUAGGCGUACCGAAUUAACUGACAACAGCGCCAUUUUGGGAAAACAAAAACCGUUGUUAUGCAGUCAAGUCGAACGUUAUCAUUCCUUCUCAUCACAGCCAUUUGUUGAGCGAGAAACUAAAUAUAAUGCAUGGUUCCACUGAGAUUCCAGAACCUUUUCAGGAACCUUUUGGAACUGUCUUGACAGAUGAACUGCAAAAGUCCUGGACUCUGGUUUCUCUUAAGCGUUUCCACUACACUGCAAGAAAAUGUUGAAAUGUGCAAUAAUUUUAGUGCACAAUAAGUGUACACCAUAAGAUGAGGCAAGUUGACAAGCAACAGAAAGUGUUAGCUGCGUAAGCUGGUCAAACAGCCUGCAGGAAAACACUGUCCCUAAAUGUGGAGGAUUCGGUUCAGAUGUUCUGGAAUUUACUCGACUAUCACUAUGUUGUCCUUACUCCAGUUGUGCUUUGAGUGGCUGGUCAUUAAGGCCUCCAUUCGAGCAACACUAGACACCCAUUAUUACUCCUGUUAGACAAGUUGCUCCAUAACUGGACUGAUCCCAGGGGAGUGAUAAUAGUCUCAAUAAUACCAAUAAAAUUCUGAUACACCAACGGACUGGGUCUGAUAGUCUUCAGUAUCCACUGCAUUGCGUCCCUGUCUGAAGUGGCUCAGUUUGACUAGCCGACGCACAUCGCAAUGCUCUAUGAUGUAUCUGUAGAGACAGUUAAAAAAGGGUUUGUGUACCAACUACACUCAAAUUUCUUAGGAAGUAAAAGUGAGUGUGUGAACUCCCAGGGUUUCUACCUUUGUAUUACCAAGGUACAGAGCAGUGUCCUUUUGAAGUCAUUAGGGCCUUUCGUGCCGCGGGAACCUUUUCAUAGUACCUGAACUAAUUGUGGAACUAUCCACUUUUUGGCGUUUUCGCACCUCCGGAACUGGGUGUGAUUUUAGUACCGACUGCCUUUUUCGAGAACCAAAUUAGCUCCUACUCCGGAGCAGGGUCUAACCAGCACAACUGGUACUAUCCGUGACGUAAGUAGACGUUGAUUGGCCAAACGCGUACGAAAACGCCGUCACCCGCCAUGAUUUAAAACGCCGCGUAAACAUACUGUAGUGUCGACUUAUUCCGCAAGUAUGGAGAACAUCGAUAGAUGGACGCGAGACACGACAAACACACAGCUCCGAUCACAGCGUCCUCCAGCCUCCGGUUGUUUACGUUGUUCUUCUUUGUUUCCGUUGUUGAACGCCGCAAACAAAUGACGUCGCUGUCGACGGGCUUACGUCACUUCCUAGUGCCCGCUGUCGGUGCGAAUGCAGCCCUUUAAACGGUACUGCGAAAUAGUUCACGGAAAAUCGCCCAGUACUUUAGUACCGUAAAUUUAGUUCUUGAACUAAAGCGGUGCAAAAGGCUCUAUUGUUGUACUGCUGCGUCUAGGUUUCUUCCUCAUGUUGUCUCAGCGAGUUUUUCCUCACCACUGUCUCUCCUGACUUGUUCAUUAGAGAUCUAAAUCUACAUCCGGAUUUCUGUAAAGCUGGUUUGUGACAAUAUCUAUUGUUUAAAGCAGUAUUCAAAAAAAAAUGUACUGAGUUGAAUAGCUUAUUCAGUACACAGCCCUGGGGGACUCUGGUGUUUAGAGGGAGGAAUAGGAUGUCCAUAGAACUGGUUCAGCUUGUUGACUUUUCUAGGGGUUUAAUGGUGUUCAGUUCUGAGCUGAAUUUGGUAAACAGAAUUCUGUCAGGAGUCUUUGUUCUCCAUAUGUGAUAUAGUCAGGUGGACUGUAUAAGUUAUGGAGCACUUUGGUCUAUAGGUGUACAGCUGGAGGUUUAGUGGAGCUGGAAUGAAGGCUCGAAUGUGUGGAAGUACCGGCUGCUCAGAAAGCUUUAAAUGCAACUAGGGACUUUUUUGGCACUGUGGGCUUAUUUACAGCAAAUGAGGACAGUCACCUUCUGCCAGUGAGCUUCUGAAGAUGUCUGUAAAAGACAUAAUUAGUUGAUGAGUUGAGCAUUCUCCUUGAGCACGUCCAGCAGGAUUCUCGUCACCAUUGGUCACGAGGGGUGCAGUUCGCAUAGCUGCGUCAGUGUCGGAUGCUUCAAAUUGGACAUGGAACAUCUGGAAGAGGGGCUUUGUUGGUGCAAGCAAGGUGACUCCUCACUGAAGAUGACUAUCUGUAGUGUGGUUUUCAUGGAUGUAUGACGUAAAUCCCACGUCAAGCCUGAAAUUGACCGAUGAAGCUAGUUUGGGUGCUAGUAAUGCAUCAUGGAUGAUGAACUGGAGCACUGCUACUUCUGAGCAAAUUCCGUUUCAGUCUCUGUUGUAUUUGAUUCCUAUACAAAUAUUCAUUAAAGACACAUUUUCAGGUAUCAAUAAUUAAAAUGGUCUGUAUAUUUAUUUUAUUUUAUGAAUCUCAGAACAAGACUUAUUGAUGUGUUCCAAAAACCUUAUGCAUGCCACUCACAGUGCAGAAAUAAAAUAUGAAAGAGGACAUAAUCUUAUCUCUCUGCUCCUCUGGCAUAACCAAGUGUUACACGAUGAGGAUCUACUGGAAUAAAUUUACUGCUUCAUCCAUGGACUGAAAUGUAUUCUUGUUAUUUUGGCACCACUUGUCCAUAAAUCCAAAAUUCCAUAUUGACCCUGUAUAAUUUUCAGUCCGCUUCGGCUAUCACAAGUGGAUGUCGCACAUCGUAAAUGGAGUUGAGAUUGGUUGCAUGAUUUAGUGCAAAGUUGCAACCAAAGACGAUUGAUAGCAAUGUUCUAUCAGUGUGAGAAAUUUCUGAUUAAAAUUUCAGCAUGAGCGCUGCUAUGACGCUCGUUUAAAAUCCUCCAAUAGGAGGCACAGGAUGACACCAAACUCACGGGACAGCUCCACAUACGGAGAAACGUAAACAAAACAUGCUAAUGAACAGAAAAAAUCUCCUUAUUAUCUCAAGCUCAGUUUAAAGAAUGUUUCCUGCACCAGCUGAUUUCCGGAUCACGCUGACGGAUGACGUGAGCAGAACGUAAUCGUGUUCUUUAAUCGCAGGUCUAUCGUUAGAGGAUCUUCAUCGUAUAAUCAGACAUGAAGAACGCAUUCUUCAUUAUCAUACAAUUUGUUAUAGAAUUUAGAGCAGUGUUUAUUGGGAUCUCAUACAGUGGGACAAUAAAUAAUAUUAAAAGAUCUCACACAGGUUCUGCUUAGUAACAGUAUUUAGUACAGUGAGACUCAGAAAAGGAAAAUACAGCAAAAUAUGAGCAUGAGCUAGUUUUCUAAAUUCCCUUCUGCUUUACUGUGUUAUUGGUACAUCAGUGAAACACCAGUGACGUGUGUGUGUGUGUGUGUGUGUGUGUGUAUGUUCUUAGCUUUUAUUUACACAUCAGUUCAUGUGUGUUGCAGUGUUUGCUUUUACACUUGCAGCAGAACGAUCAAGCACACUAUCAUGCAGGGUGUAUAAUCCCCACCCACCCCUACAUAUCUCUGAGCUAUAAACACACACACACACACACACACACACACACACACAUCUUUUCCAAAACAACUUUCUGUCAUUCCUAAAACCCGAGUCCCUUAUUCACACCUGAACUCACAGUCUCUGCCCCAAUUGCUAGAAUUCAUCAUAAUGUUCUUCCAGGAACAUCUAUCAAAAAACUCUUGCCCCUGCAUUCCCAGCAUCCACUGCAGUACCACAUGAUGUACACUCCUUGCUUCCUGCAUGCCAGCUUCACAGUACUUGCCGUGUCCUUCUCCAAGGUGUAGACCUGCUCACAGUGAAGGAUCUCGCUGUCUCCUUAGUGGUGGAAUCAGCUUCUGUGUUUCUCUUCAGACCGUAUCGAGGAGAACACCUCAUUUUCUCACCUCAUUCUCUCUGCACUUGCAUUGUAUUGUACCUUUUGUGUUACGUUUUAUUGUUUUAUUGAUUUGUAUCUUUAUAUAUGCACUUAAGUUUAAAUUUACUCUGAAUGAAAGGCAUCUGCUAAAUAACUAAACGUAAAAAAAACAUAUUUUUUUAAAUUUUAAAUUCUUUUUAAAACGUCUCCCUGUCACUUCCUAGCAGAGCCACAGCUCCUUAUAGACCAUGUGCUGUCAAUAGAGCAGUAUAUUUCUAACUGGGGUCUCCAAACCAUUCAUUUAGGGCAAUUCAUUUAAAAAAGGAGAUUAACUUGUAUGUUAGUAUCUUACUGGAUCUUACCCAGCAUCGUAGUACACUCUAAUAGCGUGUCUAGGGAGCUUUUCUGAUCUUUCUGGAAUGUAGCAAACUCAAAAACUUUAUUAAAUCUGACAAAAUAUUAUUACUUGGCUGUGUGGUGGUUGUGGCAUUCAUCGAGAACUGCAGAAGUUCUUAUGAGCUCCAGAUUGCUUUGUUGGUCCAUUUUGUGACUAUAACAAUAGCCCAGUGUUUCCGGGAAAAUCGUGGUAGUGAUUCACAUGUAAUUAAAAUAAAUAAAUAAAUAAAAAUAAGCAUUUAAAAAACCCUUUUGGUUAAGGCCACGCCCAUUUCCAGUUCAAAUCUGAAUACAGAUAUUAAGAACGCUAAACAGACUCUAAACAUUAGCGCACUAGUGUCUGUCUGUUGAUCUACAAUCUCAACACGUCAUUUUGCUCUGUGUGUGUGUGUGUGUGUGUGUGUGUGUGUGUGUCCUAAGACUCUUAUGCGUCACAGUUAUCAUGUCCAUCAAGUGCACCAGUGUUUAAUGUGGGUGUGUUUGUGUGAUUACAGUAAAGAUCACAUGUUUUCUUCUUCACACAGACAGAGUGCCCUGUUAUUGACAGAAGCCGAAUGGAAGCGGCUCAGUGAUGUCAUUGUCUUUGUUUAAAAGAGGUUUAAAUAGAUCACGUGUAUUUCAAGCUGAGGGAUUCUUCACUUUUUACAGAACUAAACCCACGGAGUCCAUACAGUCUGGUGUGAAUACAGAGAAGGACUUCUUUUACCUGUCUCUACACAUACUGUAUAUAUUUAUGCCUUAAUGCCACUUCUGGAAAAAUUUUAUCCAACAUUUAUCCAACUCAUGCUAAAUUUAAAGGACCAAAUUCUUUUUUGUUGGAUUUCCUGAAGUCAUAAGAGCAGAACAACUCCUAAUCUUGUUAUUAACCUUUUAUAUCUUUUAAUAACAAUUGGGUUGUAUUUGUAUUUGUACUUUUGACACAGAUCAGAUGUUGUUCUCUACGUGUAAACAGCUUGGAUCAGAUUUUUUUCACAUCUGAUAUGGCCCGCAUUCAAGUCCUGGUAUCUUGUCAUCCCUCAUAAACAUUUGCUGUUUUCAGCCGAAUGCACACAGAAAUCAGAUAUGUGUCAGGUCUUGCGUAUGUGUAAACAAAAAGGACCAAAAAUCUGAUCUGUGUCAGUGUAUUAGAAUUGCGCAGCAUCGCAGUGACACUCUAAUAGACACAGCAUUAAUGUAGUCAUCUUCCUGUGAAAACCAGAAAGCCUUUGUUUCAUCAAAUGUAGGUCUUUUUCUUGAAGUGUAUUAUCAGCAUAGAGAAGGUGUAGAUGGGUGAGAAGAAGAUAUAAAAGAAGCUUUUUUUUACUGCUGCGAUGCCUAAUAAUAUAUUCAAGACUUUAAAACCAUGUUUAUCAACUGUUAUAUCUACAACAAGGCACGGGAUGAUGAAGUCUCAGGGUGUUUUCACACUUGGCACAAAUACUCUUUAUACUCGUCUGUGCUUAUAAUCACAUUUCUGCUUUCUUAUAGAAGCAUGGAUCAAUUGCACUUAAAUGGGAGGCUGUAGUUUCAUUCGUUUUCAAGACUCAAGCAGUGAAAAGCAGCACGUCAUCCUGCAGGAAUACCUGAUAACGUGGAGCAGUUCUCAUAUAAGAAGGCAUGAUACAUGCAUGUUACGCGAUGUUCUCAGUGCAGAGAAAGUCCAGUCCUGUAAAAGUCUGGUUUGGUGUUUUGAUAACUCUUUCUCUGGCAUCGCAAAAUUUAGAAAAGGAAGUAAUGUAACAAGUUGAACCAAUCAUGUUACUCAGCGCCAAAAGCAGGUAGCUUAUACACACAGUUUCGUAUACCUCACACCACCGUCUUCCAGAGGACCAGGGAUCUAUUCUCUGGACCAGUCCGGGCUCGAAUGCAGCAUCAUUCACACUUCAGCCAACAUACUGAAACCUCAGGGCUCUGAAUCUGCAAAUCGCAAAUGACACAUGGGAUGUUGGAGUCCAUGAAGAAUUUCAUCAUCUUACGUCCAUGAAGAUUUCAUGAGCAUGCAUGACUGCCCCAUAAGUGACACAGUGCAGAUCUCAAACACGAGACCUUUUGGACCGUACUGGAGCUAAGAGAUAUGAAAAGUUAGUCAUAUGACGGCAGAUCUGUGCGGCAGGGAAAACUGCGGAAGGUUGCAAAAAGAAUUAAGGAUGUGGACUCAGAAGAACUGUACAUUCCUCGUACAAUCCUCAGGCUUUGUUUCUAUAAUAUGUGUCACGGUAAGAGACACUCUGAGUCUAGUACGUGACCUUCACAGCGUUAUAGCCUUAAUCUCUUUAUCUAGAAGGCAUCUGUCAUUAUCUAGAAACGUGCUGUAACACUUUAGCAAAAUCUGACAAAUCAAAAGCAACUGAUGACACAACAGACCAGUAAGCUGAGACUGAUUGGAUAAACUACAAGCUGGUUAAAGUUCGGAAAGAAAAGCUGGCUACCUCUAAGUGCACGCUAGACAGUGGACGUAAAUUAACAUGAAAGGUUCCAACACUUAAACUGGAUCUUCCAGGAAAGUGGGUUAUUUUGGGUCUGUUUGGGAAAAUAUUUGUCACAGCCAUAGACCACGCGGACAGGAAACAGCAGUAUGAAGGACACGGUGAUGUCACAGAGCAGAAUGACAUCAUCAGGGCUCCUGUACAGAGAGCUCGGCCUCUUAGGAAACAGAAACAAACACCAACAUCUCUAAAGUUUCACGUUUACACCUUCAUCGCAAAAACGCCUUUUUAUUCAGCUCAUCCAUGUUUAUUAUGUGCUUCUCCAUGUCGCUUCAUCUUUAUUCUUCCUGUCUAUUGAUGAGUUUAUUGCUCACGCUGAAGAUUAAGUGAAUGAAAUGAGACAGAAGUGCUAUUAUUAUUUAAGCGCUACUUUAAAAAUCAGAUGUAUGAAAGUCUGUAUUCCUGUCUGUUUAUAUUUAUUCACCAACAAUAUUUAAUUUCCACCCACCAAUUUCCAACACAGCUAGCAAUCCAGGAGCGUGAAUGCUAUCACGUGCUUCCUCCGAGACACUGUAAAUCCAGCCAACUGCAUCUUCUACUGCGUCACGGGACGGCGUAACACACUCACAGAAAAGUGCUAUCUGCCCUCUUCUGCAUACAUGAUCUCACAGACGCUCAUGAUAGGCUAGUGAUGCUGUGAUUGACACGAUCUCUGUACGAUAGAGGGAACGCUUUUCUGUUGCGUCCCUCAGGAACCCUGUGUUCUUCUCACUUCCGUGCAAAUUAGGUAUGGCACUGAAAAGCGACAACUCCAAACGAUCGGCUCGAAGGAACGUGUGGUGCGACGUUUCUUCACUUCUCCGCUCACAGCUUUAGUUCCUACCUACCUUAGUUCCUGCAAAAAAUGGAAGAAUAACUUAUAAGCGUGGUUUCAUCUUCUCGUGUCGUAUACGAGCUCUCGUUAUCAUUAAAUGUGUACAGAGACAUUAGGAAGAAAAAUAAAGUGUAGAAGGAAGUAGCAGAGAUCGUUGGUGUCUCUGGUGAGUGUACGUAGCUAGUACAGUUAGCUCGCUUUACUAAGUUAAUCUGAGAAUGAAGCCGCGCUUGUAACACGUAAAACACACAAUAGAUUAGAUUAUUUAAUUUGUGUUUAACUCGUUAGAUACAGAAGCUCCAUACAGCUACUACUUAAAAAAAAUGAUGUAAAGGCCACGCCCACAAGAGACAAACUACAGCAUGGGAUUAGGUUUAGAACUGUUUAGCUAUAGUAAUGAAGAAGUUAAUGGAUGACAUCACAAAGGUAGUAAAGCCAGUGUGUGUGUGUGUGUGUGUGUGUGUGUGUGUGUGUUUACUUUUGGUCAGCUAAAGUUCUUGUUUGCUCAGCUCUUACUCAUAAGGACACAGCGUUCACGCUCUCUUCAGGGUCAAAGAGAUUGACUGUAUUAAAAGUGUAUUUAGUGUUACAACUGUGAAGAUUAAAAAAUUACAAACAUAAAUAGUGGAAAUACAAUUAUUUUAAAAAACAAAAUGACACUGUAUCACAUUUUUAAGCUUAUAUCAUUUUGAUUUCCUCACUAUAAACAUCUUAAGACUAUAAUAUUUGAUCAUUUUUGUUACUGUGACUGUUAGAGCUGAAUGCUGAAAGGAUAUGACUAAACAUUAAUCAGGUAACCCUCAUAAUAAUAAUAAUAAUAAUAAUAAUAAUAAUAAUAAUAAUAAUAAUAAUAAUAAUAAUGUUGCUAAUGCCAGUCAUAUACUAAGUUACUUACACUUAAAAAAGUAAACCUCCCCUGUCUAACCCCAAAUAAAGCCGCUAAUUACAGUUAACUAGCACCUGUUCAAACAUGACUCGCUAACACACAAGACAAAAUUUAACAUUUUAUCAGUUAAACAUUUUGGUGUGAGUGAGCAUAUUUUAGAGAUGGUUUAUAAGAGUCUUGUGGAGGGUAUUAUGUCUUUCAAUAUGGUUAUGUGGUGUGGAAAUGUGAGUGUUCAGGGUGGUUAAUAUAGCUAGUGCGAUUGUAGGAAAGACUCAGAAACUAUUAAAUGAUAUUUAUACAGCUAAAGUUAAACAAAAAGCUGUAGUUAUUAGAGAGGAUUCACUACACCCUUUGCACUGUCAGUUUCAGUUGUUGCCAUCAGGCGACGUUUUAGACAACCUCGGGCAAGUAAAAAUGUGUAUCAGAUGUCAUUUGUGCCAACUGCAGUUAGAAUUUUAAAUGCUGAGACAUGAAUAUUAAUAUGUAUGCAGAUAUAUGUACAUGUGGGAAUGUAUAUAUGUGUAUGCUAAAGGGAAAUGUUGAGUCAGUUGUAUUGUAUGGUAUUUUAUUCUAUCUUACCUUUUAGAGUUGUUAUGUAAGUGUCUUUUAUUGUAUUGGUCUUGUUAUAAUGUGUUGUGAAGCCAAAGACAAAUUCCCAUUUGUGGACAAUAAAGGAAAGUAAGUAAGUAAGUAAAAGAACUAAAACUGAUGUUAAUACCUGAGCAGUUAAUCUAAGCUUUUAACCAGAACACGAGGAAUAAAAAGGAAACAGCUGCUUCAAAUCAGACUCUCGGUGACAGCUUUCGUCCCAAUCCACAAAUUUAUCGUCCUGUUUUUAGCCCUUACAUCCAUCUUGCAUUUGUUUUGACUUUUUGUCUUUAUCUGUUAUCAUCAUCAACACAACGGUUUUUGAAAAAUAACAUUUCUUCAUCAACAGGUCUCUUUCUGUGAACGCAGAGAUCAGAAAGUGUGAGUAAAGACUCGAUCUCCAUUAUACAGACUCAUAUCAAGUUGUGCAAAAUAGGGUCAUUUCCUCUUUUUUUAUUUAUUAUUUUUUAUUAUUAUUUAUUUAUUUUACUAAUUCUAUUUUAAGUCUUACUGUCCCAAAACGCACAAAAAAAAGCACCAAUGACUUCUCACUUAAAUGGAAGGACAGACAUGUACUGAAAAGGUUUAAAAAUGUUUCACUUUACUAAAUAAACUAAAUAAAUAUGAUAUAAUCGUUGUUUCUGGCCAUCAGCUGGAUUUUUUAAUGGUGAAAGUAUUUGUUUUGUGAUUCCCCAGAUUCUUGGCCGCGUUACUCCGGGAGCUCCGGCAGGCCGUAAACAAUUCCCAAGACGACGUGUUCAAUAACAUUGAGACAGAAAAAGUGAAUAAUUUAUAUUGGAAUAGACAACGUAUUACUUUGAAAGAUGACAUGCAGCUUUUGUUGAUAUUGUCGCCCGUGACAAUAAGUUCAGACGCAAUAUCACGCUAUUCAUUAUAGCACAAUCCAUAUUAGUGGGAUUAGCGGUUGAUGCUAGGUGUAAUUUUAGCUAUAUAGAGUCUUUGCAUAACAAUAUCACAAUAUAACACCACUGAGGUAAACACUGAUGAUCCUUCUUUACACUCUAAACGUAUAAAAGGCUUGUGAGGUAAGAACUAGCUAGCGAUGAUCCAUGCUAGGUGAAGCUAAAGUGUAAUUUUAGUCAUGCAGGCAUUUUUCAUAAUAAUACACCAACAUCUGAAGUAAACGUUGACGUUCUGGAUGGCUUUGCUUCGUUUCCACUGUCAGUGUGUAUA